AUGUGUGCAAGUUCCAUUGAUAUUCAUCCGAGUGCAAAAUGGGCACAGAAUGGUAUCACUGUUGCUGGAGGAAAUGGAUCGGGCAGUGGAACCAAUCAACUUUCUCUUCCAUGGGGGUUGUACGUCGAUGAUGAUCAACCCAUUUAUGUCGCUGAUUGUUAUAAUUACCGUAUUGUGGAAUGGAAAUCUGGUGCAACGAAUGGAAAAGUAGUUGCUGGUGAAAAUGGAGAAGGAAAUGGAGCUCAUCAGUUAAACAACCCACGAGAUGUGAUUAUCGACAAAGAGAGCGAUAAUCUCAUUAUCAGCGAUGGAGGGAAUAACAUAAUAGUUCGUUGGCCUCGUCGAAAUGGUACUCGUGGAGAAACAAUUAUUUCAAAUAUCUCUUGCUUCGGUUUGACAAUGGACGAGAAUGGAUCUCUCUAUGUCGUUGACGAAGGAAAACAUGAAGUGAGACGAUAUAAAAUUGGUGACACUAAAGGAACAGUGGUUGCAGGUGGCAAUGGACAAGGAAAUCGUCUCGAUCAACUCUCUUAUCCCCGCUACGUAUUUGUCGAUCGAGAUCAUUCAGUUUAUGUGUCUGAUUGGGCAAAUGAUCGUGUAAUGAAAUGGGAAGAAG